CUCUUUUAUCCCCGCGGGGACGAGGCAGCGGGCCUCUCCGCCCUGGCAGCCCUAUGGGCUCCGUCACACUGCAGUCCCUGCGGGAGAUGAUGAAAAGCCUGCUCGACUCCCCCGGCUUUGAUCGCGUGCUGGAUAAGAUGAAGCUUCUUUCUGCAACUCCUGGGAAGGUUGUAUGUGAAAUGAAAGUUGACGAGCAGCACGCAAACAGGGCUGGCACACUGCACGGAGGCUUGACUGCCACCCUAGUAGAUGUUGUGUCAACAACAGCACUGCUGUACACAGAAAGAGGAGCUCCAGGGGUCAGCGUGGACAUGAACAUAACAUACAUGUCAGCUGCUAAGAUAGGAGAAGAGGUACUGAUAACUGCUCAGGUUUUGAAGCAAGGAAGAAGCAUUGCAUUUGCCAGCGUGGAUUUAACAAACAAGGCGACUGGAAAGUUAAUAGCACAAGGCAGACAUACAAAGUAUCUGGGCUCUUAAUAUAAGGAAAUGAUCUCUAAAAAAAAAAGAAAGGUUUGCCAUAAUAUUCUGUAGUGAAUUACUCUUCUAGUUUCACAUAUCACUGUAGGCUGUUAGAUGGCCUAUAUUAAAUGGGUUGGUUUGAGUUCCAUAAUUAAUGGACUUGUGUCCAUGUCAGAAAACUGCCAUUAAAGUUGGCACUAACUUUCAGCUGAUUGUAGUCCUUCAGCCCUUGACUACUCUCCCCAACAGCUGAAGACUGAUCUGACACUUUUUGUGCCCAAAGAGAAUGACAAUAAGGUGAACCUUUCAAUUCAGGAUUCAGACUUGGUGUCGGGACAGUGUAGGAAAGCUUAGUUUUCUGGUGCCCAUGCCAGACCUGUCAUGAAAAAUGACUCUGUCUUCAAGGCUGCCAGACAAUCAAUUGCCUUUUGGACGCCAAACUUAUGAACAGACUGCAUUCUUUAUUUUGUAUAAUAAAGCGGUAUUUAAGUAACACAUCUUCACAAGCUCAUAAAUACUGACUGAAAUUGUGAAUCCAAUAUAAGAAUAUGUUGCAAAUGAAAAUAAAAUAUACCUUACUUUCA